GAGCGCUUCACUCUCUCGUAUUGACACGUGGCGAUUACUUGCAGGAGCUAAACCCUUCUAUAUCUUCUUCUUCCUCAUCCCCGGUUCGCGUCUUCUCUUACUUCCUUCCUUCAAUGUCGCCGCCCAACCUUUUUCAGUUGGAAUCGAAUGGGAAAAAUUGUAAAGAGAAAGAAGAAUCCGAAUCGGGAGACGGUGAGCCCACGAUUUUGGAGCGAGAGGUAGCAGAUAUAAUCAUCUAUCUUCUUCACCGGCAAGAUUCCGUUUCCGAUCGUCGGUUUGAUCGCCGGAGUUCAAAAACAAUGGGUUUGGAUUUCGGGUUCCCGAGGUGGAAUGGGAAGAGGAAGCGUUCCGUUCACGCUUCAGCUACUGUUCCUGUUUCUUAUGCUGGAGAACCUAUUUCUGUUUCGAGCUCUAAUGCGCUGCCGAUUUCGUUCUCUCUUUGCAAGGAGAAGGAUGAUGAUCUGGCUUCGCCAUUGAAAGCUCCGGUAGAAGUAGAAUCGCGUGAAUCCUGCCAAAAUUUGAUCCAGGGUUAUUUCAAAUCAGGGAUUUCAGAUUAUGAACAGAGAGAGCUUCGUUUUUGGCCGGAGUGGAAAGGCAUCGGCGGCGGAAGGGAGUUCGUAGUUCCGGAUUUGAACAUGAGUGCAGAAGAUCUAGCUUCGGCUUCGGCCGCGGCCGCCGCAGCCGCCGACGAGAUGCGGCGGAGGCAGGAGGAGGUUUACGCGACGGCUUGCCGGAGAUUGGCAGCUGCCGAUGCGAGGAGAAAGAGAAAGGAGAUGCAGAGGCUUAAAAAUUCUAUCGCAGCCGGUGCUCCUCUCUGCUCACGGGUUAGAUAAUUCAAGAUAGGCCUUUAUUUUGUGAGGAAAAAAAAUUAAAAACUGUGUGACAAUAUUUUAAUCUCUUCAAAAGUAUUUUACUCUAUUAGCCAUUUAUUUUUUAA